AUGAGACGCUCGCCGCCCCGCAGGUCCCUUCAAGCACGCGAGAUUUGCUUCCAAGUCACGGAGUGUCUUUCCGAGGGGUCUACGAAAUGCACGGAGAAAGGCAUGUGCCCGCCGUGCCUCUAUGUGCUCUCGAGUGGCGAGUACUCGUGCUACAGUCGCGACGAAGCUGGCGACUGUCCUUUCACUGACGUGGACGCCGAGUGCGACGACCCCACGUCGGAGCAGCGAAGCGCCCCAACCAGUAGCGGCGAUAGCCCGUCCACAACCCCAAGGACGAGAGGCAUGAACACGACGUCUGAACACGUCGAGUCGAAUGGCGCGACGGCACCCGAGCGAUCGCCUUCGUCCGACGCCCACGGAUCGAAGAUUGCGAAGGAAAAGAGGUCGGACGAAGGGUUGUCGCCCGCAGCGACGCUCCCCCCGUCCGUUCCGUCGGCAUCGACACCUUCGGGAGCACCACGUAGCAACGGCAUUGGCCAAGCGCUGACGCGCGAUGAGUCUGCCCCGUCAAGUACUGGCACGCCCAUGGGCGUCCAAGUGGGCCUCAUUGGCGGUGCCGUGCUGUUCGUAGUGCUAGUGCUCGUCUUUGUCGCUCGCCGCAAGAAAGGGAAGAAGAAGCAGAAGCACAAGAUAAAGAGGAACGAGGACCGGACCGUGAUGUCCCGCAACAGUCAGUGGUCCGAACGCACGUUGGACACGGCCGACACGGGCGACAACAUGUACUCGACGUACGGCUACGGGAACAACGAUCCGAACAAGGAGGGGAUCGUCAUGCUGUCCGACUCUCAAGCGAGUAGUACCUACGACCCGAGCGGAUCCUUCUCGAGGCCAGCGGCCGACUUUGUAAACUACGGUGGCAAAAUGCCGUUCAACGCGAGCAGCUCGCAGUACUACUCCGACUACGGCGCCAGCACUGGUCCAGAUGCCAUUGCCGAUGGCGGGCAGCACCACUUUGGGACCAAUGGACUACUGCCUUCGGGGCCGACACACGCCGGCGGGAACUUUGUCGACGUGACGGCUUCGUCCUCGAACUGCAGUAGGCCGUACCACGAGGCGGGGGCGACGCGGGUCGAGCAACACCCAUUGACCGUGAGUCAGCUCAUGCCUACUGCAGGCGGAGGCAUUGACGUCGCGAAGGAACGAGCGCAUGUGAGUCGACCAAAGCCGUCGAGGAAGGAGGUGGCCGAGGCGCCGAUCACGAGUCGCCGACCGCCGCCGUUUCUCGGUGUAUCGGGCGUCUCGACCGCAAGCAGCAUGCGGAGUGACUACGACAUUGUCGACCCCAUUACGAUGCAGGACGUUGAAGCGCGGAGCACGGAGAUGGUGGCCCACGACCACCGCUACCCGCGGUUUUCGUUCGAGUCGGAGACGGACCUCUGCGAUCGCUCGUCGUCGGAAGGGGACGAGAGCAUUGACGUCGAGCGACUGCACAACGGCGUUGAGCAUAUGAUUUGA